AUGCAAGUGGCGGUGGAUUUCAAUUGGUUCCUGCAAUUCAUAGUUGCACCAUUCUUGGUGGCUUUUGGGUUGCUCCAACUUCUGAGAAACUCCGCCUCCAAGUACUUCGUUGUCGACAACAAUUUUGAGUCGGAUUACUCGUUCGAUCGCAACAAGUGGAAGAUGGCGGUCGCCGAUCGUUGCAUCGUCUGUGAAAGUAGAACCGCGAAACAAUGCGCUGGUUGCAAGAUGGUCAAGUACUGCUCUGAAGCUUGCCAAAAGUCUCACUGGUCUGAACACAAGAAGAAAUGCAAUGAUUUACAAUUGUCUCGUAAAGCUAAUUCUAUGCAAUCCACAUCUAUUUUGAGGGGGAGAAAUGCUUCAUUGGUUCCUACCAGUGGGAGCUCCAAGAUUUUCAAGCACUCGAAAGAAAUACUUUUCCCUUAUGAGGAAUUUGUGGAACUUUUUAAUUGGGAAAAGCCUGGUUUUCCUCCUUGUGGACUCAUAAAUUGUGGAAACAGCUGCUUUGCUAAUGUGGUUCUCCAAUGUCUUGCUUAUACCCGGCCACUUGUUGCCUACUUGUUGGAGAAAGGCCACCGUAAAGAAUGUCUGCAUGAUGAUUGGUGCUUUCUGUGUGAAUUUCAAUCUCAUGUUGAAAGGGCUAGCAAUCUGCAACCAUUUUCUCCAAUUAACAUUCUAUCACGAUUGCCUAAUAUUGGUGGUAAUCUUAACUAUGGGAAACAGGAGGAUGCUCACGAGUUCAUGAGGUUUGCUAUUGACACAAUGCAAACUGUGUGCCUUGAUGAAUUUGGUGGAGAAAAGGCAGUUCAUCCUAGAUCCCAAGAGACCACCCUUAUUCAGCAUAUAUUUGGCGGUCACCUUCAAUCUCAGGUUAUCUGUACAAACUGCAACAAUGAUUCGAACCAGUUUGAGAACAUGAUGGAUUUAACUGUCGAAAUUCAUGGUGAUGCUGCAACUUUGGAGGAAUGUUUGGACCAGUUCACUGCCAAAGAGUGGCUACAUGGGGAUAAUAUGUAUAAAUGUGAUAGAUGCAAUGAUUAUGUCAUGGCAUGGAAGCGCCUUGUGGUCCGGCAGGCACCCAACAUUCUUACAAUUGCCUUGAAAAGGUUUCAGAGUGGGAGGUUUGGUAAACUCAAUAAGAGGGUGACAUUCCCGGAGACUUUGAAUCUGAACCCUUACAUGAAUGAAUCAGAUGGCAAUGAUGUUUACAAGCUAUAUGCAGUUAUUGUCCAUGUGGACAUGUUAAACGCAUCAUAUUUUGGCCAUUAUAUAUGCUAUGUCAAAGAUUUUUGUGGAAACUGGUACAAGAUUGACGAUUGCAAGGUUGUUAGCGUUGAUUUGGAUGAGGUGCUUUCACAGGGAGCUUAUAUGCUCUUGUAUAACAGGAGCCGUGCUCGCCCAUCAUGCUUACUUCCUGCUGAAUCUACAAGGAAAGCAAAGGAAGAAAUGAAAAUGGAAGUACAUCCAUCACCGAAUCAGCCUGCUGAGUGCUUCUCUCCAGUAGGAUGUCUCGAUAGUCCUGUUGAUUCUGGACCAUCGGCAACUGUUAAUUGUUCAGGGUCAAAUAUUGCAAAGGGUGACGAAGACUUAUCAUCUUCAACUGAUCCUGUAGAAGCUAGAGGGGAUAUGGAGAUUGUGGAUUCUGGAGCAAGUACGUUAAUUGUCAAGGAUGUUGAACGUUUAUACAGUAAUGGAUGCUUUGAUUCACCUGAAGAAGUUGAUUCUAUUGUUGAACAUGCUUAUCAACCAGCCACUGGGAAUAUUUCAGUGAUUUGUACGAGUUCUACUCAAUCUGAAGCUCACAACAUUAAACCAUCCUUCCCCAUGUCUGAUGUUGAGAAUGAAAGUGGGGGCAGCAAAACUGUGAACGAAGGUUUGUCGGCAAGUUUGGGUAAAGAUUAUUCCAAUAUUCAGAACCAUACCUCCCAGAAAGGCAAUGAAGCAGAUGAUGUGUCAGCUAUGGCGUUUUCCAGUGACGGUGUCCACGAAGAAUUGAACUCUACUAAUUUAAUAUCUAUGCUUCAGAUUGCCAAGUCUGAAAAUAAUAUAUCUUCCCUUCAUGAUAUUCAAGCCGUGGCAAGGAAAUCUAAUGGCGGGAUUUAUUCUGGAGCAAAGUUGAAUCCACAUCUUGCUCCUGGUUUUCUUGGCAAACGCCCACGAAAUAUGUGUGUCAAGCAAGAAGGUGUGAGUGAACUGGCGUCCAAUAGUCACCUGAAUAGUCAAACAAAUGGGAUUGUCAAGCCCCAUUUAACACGUCAAAAGGGUUAUUUGUUGCCAGAUGAGGAGAAACAUUAUUCUGGCCGAAUCUAUUCAUCUAAUAAUUUGGAUGGGCAAACUGGGAUGUUUGACAAUGACACUAAAAUGGCCUUCGGUGAAGCUGAUAUGUCUAUAAGCUUACUUAGUGGAGUUGCUAGCGAUCCAAUAAUAUUUUGCAAUGGAACCAAAAUUGACAAAGCCAAUGAAAGGCUAAGGGUAGGAGGACAAAAUCUGAUUUAUCGUGGCAAAUCCUAA